AUGGAAAUCAACAGCCCUCAAGAGCCGCCAGACAUUUGGGACUCCUCGAAUUCACUCCAGUACUCGGAAUCGGGCAGCGUUAUGUCCACUCAAAUGCCUACCAGUCAUCAUCCGCAUCAUAUUGACGCUCCUGCCCCAGUGGGGUUGUACAACGACCAUCAGGCCUCUUCCAUGCCCUAUUCGCCCCAGUCUUGGUGCCCACAGAUGCCGCCACAUUUCCAUUCGUCUGAACAAGGGAUGUAUGCAAUGCAUAAUUACUACACACCUCAGUAUCCGCCGUAUCUGCCUCCAAAUCCCGACUAUUCGCAGCGAUACGACCAGUACAUAAGCAGUAUGCCUGCUUUCACUAGGGAUAUUUGA